UUUAAACAUACAAAUAAAAGUACCCAAAGUAUAAUAUGUCUUCAAUAAAUGUGGACAUCUACUAGGAUAUUUAUGAGCAUAUCAUCUCAUCUGAUAGAAAGCUUUUGAAGCUGGGGAUUAUGCUUGGUUAUUCUGUUGGGAGGAAUAAAAUGUACAUACAGUGGGAUGCACAAAUACUGAAAAAUACCAUUCAAUGAGUUUUGAUGAACUCAUAAUCUUGUGUAACCCAAAACUCUAAAACAUGAUUAUUACCAUCACCUCAAAAAGUUCUCUUAGCUUCUUCUAGUCAGUUUCCACUCCCCUGGACGCAACUGCUAUUUUGAUUUUUCCACCGCAGGUCAUUUUGCAUUUUCUAGAAUGGCAUAUGAAUGGAAUCUUACAAUAGGUAUUCUUUUAUGUCUGGCUUCUUUCAUUAGGUAUAAUGUUUUUGAUAUCUAUCCACAUUGGUAUCCCUGUCGGUAGUGGCUUUCUUAUUAUUGCUGAUUAGCAUCACUUUUAUAUGAAUAUAUCACAGCUUAUUUAUCCCUUCUUUUUUUUUGAUUGACACCUGGGCUCCUUCCAUUUUUUUUUCUUUUUUUUUUUUUGGCUAUUAUGCAUACAGUGGCUAUAACCACUCUUGUAAAAGUCUUUUUGUGAACUUUUGUUUCUCUUGGGUAAAUACCUCCAAGUGGAAUUGCUGGGACUAGAUAGGUGCUUGCCUAGUUUUAUAAGAAAAUGCCAGAUGUUGUCAAAGAGGUUGUGUCAUUUUAUACUCUUACAAACAAUGUGUGAGAAUUCUGCUUGCUCCUUCCACGAGACUGCUUUUUCUCUUAUCAAAAAGCAGAGAUCCUGUGAGUUAAUAAAAUAAACUGUGAUGCGUCUAGUACCCAUACUCCCAUAUUUCAGAUGGAAAGUUGCCUCCAACCAAAAUCAUGCCUCCUGGUUAUGAUGGUUAUGACUUUAUCACCAGGGCAAACUCUUUGUCUACUGACAGGAUUUUGGACACACACAAAAACGUGUGGUUCUGACAGGACUUAUGCUAAGUAAAGACAGUGUAUAACUAAGUGGGUCAAACCACGCCCUGUGGAGACCAGCAAGCUCCAUGUGAAAAAUCACAGAUCAUCUGGCUGAUGAUUUUGCUGCAUUCCAAUAAAGGUCUAACGAGUACAAAUAGCUGAGGUAAAGCCUGUGGCUUUCUGGGCCCCACUCUGAUCAGAACUGCUGGAAGCAAAGCAAAGCAAGGCAAAGACAGGCAGUAUCCUAAAAGAGUGAGAUGGAUGCUUACUUCCUAACACUCUCCACUAGGAAAAUCUUGACUAAGGCUGAUGAGAGGAGACUGGAUUGAUAUGUAGGACUGGUAGCUAAGAAUUUAAUGUGUAUAUAUGCCCAAGAAAGCAACUGGCCAAAAGUACAUAGCUAUACUGAUCAGCUGUGGACUGGAGAUAUAUGUUCUAAUAAAUGGAAGAUUAUCGACUGGGCUAUUGCAGGAAAAACAAUCUGGUGAAGGGAGAUAUAAGAAGAAAUCAACGAGAGGAAUUUAACAAUUCAUGUAGGACAUGUACCAGCUCAUCGGAAUGGAAAGGCAGAAUAAUCUAUUUAGAACAAGAGCGAAGACAAUCUGACACCUCCCCACCCCCUAACCAAUACAGACUCUGCAGUCUUGGAAAUUCUAAGUCUCAACUUAGUUCCCUUGUCAGUUCAAUUUAAGGUUGCAGGUUGGGCAUAUGAAACCUUAGGGCAUGUGGACGUGAAUAUUCUAGGUAAGCAGAGGAGAAAGAGUGAAAAAAAAAGCUAUGAAUCAAACAAAUGAGUCAGCAAUAUGAGAUAUGUCAAAUUACUAAAAGUUUGCAUCCUCAACAAACUCAUUUUUAAGGGGAACAGGGUGGGUGCAAACCUGACAAAUGUGGUAGGUAGAUUAUAUUGGGCCAUUCUCUAGAUUUUUAAACAAAGAAUGUUGCCUUCUCCUAUAGCCAAAACCUAUAGGAUGGACAAAGACUCAAGGAUGCUAACUUUAUAUUUCUCUUUUCUAUUAUUAGAUCUGCUUUGCUGUUUUCUCUUGGCUAUGACAGUCUGUCUGAUGGUCAUUAUCAUAGCAGUUCACCACCAAUACAAAUAAGAGUAUGAUAUGUAACUUUUGUGGGAGGUUCACUAAAGGUAUCAAAAAGUAUGAUGGGAUUACUGGCUUCAUUCUGUACUUGAUCAUCAUCAUAACCAUAUCAGUGGCCUCAUUUCUCAACCAAACCAACCACAUAACCAUUGCCAACCCCUCAGGAUCCAUUGUCACAAAAAGCCCAUUUGCUAUAGCUUUUAGUAAUAUUUUAUCUACUGAGUAAAGCAGAGAGGGAUGGAGUCUGUGUCAAUCCCCAUACUAGUUGGUAGACUUGUUGAUUGUGUAGCCCAGUUAAUAAGAAUAGCUGAAGAGCUUUUAUAGCUGAUUUCACAAGAACAAGUUCCUUAUGUAGAGCAAGAUGAUAGAGCUGAACAGAGAGAAACAGAUGCAUCUCCUGAGGAAGCUUCACUACCGGACCUCGCUGAUCUCUCAGACUUAGAAUCAAUACUUACACCAAGGGAAGAUGAAGAAUUAAUCUUUGAUAUAGAUCAAGCUGUGUUAGACAUAGAUGAGUUACAUGAAAAUGUACUCUCUGGUAUAAACGAUGACUUAAGAAGUGGGUAA